AAUUGUCAAGAUGUUUACAACCGUAAGAAGGUUGACCAGUGUUUCUUUUCGAACAAUUACAACUCUUAGUUGUAAAAAUAAAAUGUUCGAAAUUGCAGAUAAUACAGAUUUUGUGAAUAAAGUAAUGAACAGUUCAGUCCCUGUUAUAGUCAAUUUUCAUGCUGAAUGGUGUGAUCCUUGUAAGAUAUUAACUCCAAAGUUAGAAGAACUAGUUGGACCAAUGGAAGAUUUAAAUCUAGCUACUGUCAAAAUCGAAGAUAAUCCAGAAUUAGUCCAUACUUUUGAAGUUAAAGCAGUACCUGCUGUCAUUGCAGUUGCCAAUGGAUUAGUUGUAGACAAAUUUAUUGGCCUUGUAGAUGCUAACAUGAUUGAAAAUUUAAUUAAGAAAUUAACAGCAUCAAGAAAGCCACCAGAUGAUAAAGAAUAGUAAAAUAGACAAAAUAAUGAAAUUAUUUAUACAUGUUUGUAAAAUUUUUAACAAGCAUUUAAGAUCAUGAUAUAUAUUAAUAUUUCAAAUUUUGCAUAGAUUUUCAAAGACAAAUACUAAAACUCUACUUAAAUAAAUUUAUUAGUAUUUAUUUUGCGUCAAUAAGUGUUUAAUAUGGUCAAUUAAAUAUUGUAAAUACAUUUUAAUUUUUGAAUAAUUUUAUGUAACUUACCUGUUUUUUUUUUUAUUUAAAUUU